AUGGCAGGUGGCACGGUGGGUGGGUGGUCCUGGUCGUCCAGGAUGUACAAACCCACCUACCCUGGCACACCUAGCACCAGGUACACCUCCUCCUACCUCGACAAAAUCCGUCGCUGCCUCACCGAGGAUACGUCAUCAAUAUGCUCGCGGCAUCAUUGUCCGCGAGGCCCUGUCGGUCCGCAGUAG